AUGGUCGCCUCUCAGAGAGCGCCGUACCACGCCUCCGACUACUGGAAACUCCCUUUCGUCGCCAGCAACGAGCACAACAAUGUCUUGAAAGUCCAGAUCGACAGGCCGGGGGGCCGUCACUACACUUCGGCGACCACUCGACCCCGACUCGUGGAGCUCGUCAAACGCACCGCACGAGGUCUGCGCUGCUACGAUGGCGAUUCGCCCACUGAAUUAUCGCACUUCAUCUCGCAACGAGGCAUCAACCCGACGUCAUCCAACACGAAGAAGAAGCAAGAGCUCAUCACCAUACUCGAAAGCGCCGACGAGGAGGCUACAUUCGAUCGCUUCUUCGAUCUCCCUGCCGAGCUACGCGUGUUUGUCUACGAGCUUCACUUCGCCUCAUACACCUGCGAACGUCGCGCCAUCGAAUCACCUACACCACCACCCAUCACCCAGGUCGAUACAAUGCUUCGUGAAGAGACGCUCAAACUCUUCUACAGCACCUGCGAAUUCCUGUUCAAUUUCCACAGCAGCAUCGGCAAUCCUACGCUCCAUUUUGACGAUGUCACGGGAGAUCUGAUACGCAAGUUGACACUCACACACCUGCCAGAUGUGCGGAACAUGCGCAUCCGUGUUAGUUGGGCUGGGAACAACAACGCGCACUACGUGGCGAGCGUCGUCCGUCUCCCACUGGACGGCGAAGGGAAGCUUUCUAUGGACCAGGAUAGUGUUAUAGAGGGCAAUCAGCGUACAAAGCUCGCGAGCACGAAGCUCACGCACAACAUCCGCCAGUUCGUCGACCAUGGGUCUGCCUAUGAGCCGAAGACUGUGUCCUCGGUACUGGCCAAUCUGAUCUUCUUCAUCAAUUGCCGCCUGUAUGCGGACGAGUCUGGUUGA